GGAUAGUAUCGUCCCGAACGCAUACAUAAAGCAGCUUGAAAGCAAUCACAACGAUACUAUAUAACGAGAUAGGAACUAUUAUACGAGCAGUUGCAUGCUACGACUCGCCUCGGCAGUACUGCUAGUGUUCUAGAGAUAGUCAUAUCUUAUCUGAUAUCUAAAAAAAAUUGUAGUGAGAUUUCCAAAUAAAAUCAGUUUGUGCCAUGGAAUACUGGUCGAUAUUAUUGUCGAUAAUAAUCGGAGUGAUCAGCAUUCACUACCUUUUUAGAAAUUUUAAUUUCCUUAAAAGAAAUGGUAUUAUACACUUACCGUCUGUUCCAUUAUUCGGAUCUACAAUGUCGGUUAUAUUUCGUCGAAUAUCAUUCACAGAUUUCCUUCUGAAGGUAUACUAUUUCAAUCCAAACUCAAAAUAUCUUGGAUUCUACUUCAUGACAAAUCCAAUAUUCGUGAUUCGUGAUUUGGAACUCGUUAAAAAUAUCCUUGUUAAAAAUUUUGAAGCAUUUCCAGAUCGUCAAGGUUUCUCCGAUGCAAAUGACUCUUUAUUCAAGAACAAUUUGUUUUCUCUUCAUGGAGAAAAAUGGCGGAACGUGAGAAAUCUGUUGAGUCCUUCUUUUACUUCCAGCAAGAUGAAAAUGAUGUUCACGUUAAUGUCGGAUUGUGCUGUGGAUUUUUUAAAACUUAUACCGACAUCGUCAACGGAUGAAGAAAGUAUAAACACGAAAGAUGUUUUCUCAAAAUAUACAAACGACGUCAUCGCUACAUGUGCGUUUGGAAUUAAAGUUAACUCUAUGAAGGAUCCAACAAAUAAAUUCUAUGUUUACGGCAAGGAGGCGAGUAACUUCAGAGGGGUCAUUCGCAGCAUAAAAUUUCUUUUUCUUGGAAUUUUUCCAAAACUCAGUCGAAUUCUUAAUAUAAAGAUUUUGGACGAUUAUGUGUCGAAUUUCUUCAAGGACAUUAUAAAAACUACAAUCACGACUCGCGAUGCGGAACACAUUACACGUCCGGAUAUGCUACAGUUAAUGAUGGAUAUCAGAGGCAAAGAAGGUCAUAGAGAACUAGACAUCGACGACAUGACUGCGCAAGCGUUCAUCUUUUUCCUCGGUGGUUUCGAGACCAGUUCAACCGAAAUGUGCUUUGCAGCUCACGAAAUUGCAGCUAAUCCAGAUAUUCAGACCAAAUUACAACAAGAGAUCGACAAUGCUUUGGAGAAAUCAAACGGAGAAGUGUCUUACGAAGUCAUUAAUCGGCUGGAAUAUUUAGAUGCGGUGAUAAAUGAGACUCUUAGAUUAUAUCCACCAAUCGGUAUGUUAGAUAGAAUGUGCAAAAAAACUUAUGAAUUUCCACCCGCAUUGCCAGACAAGAAACCUUUUAUCAUGAAAAAGGGUACGCUUAUUUGGAUUCCGAUUUUUGCAAUCCAACGUGAUGAAAAAUAUUACGAUAAUCCGGAGAAGUUUGAUCCAGAAAGAUUUUUAGACAAUAAAAUGCACAAUUCUUUGUGUUAUAUGCCAUUUGGAUUAGGACCGAGAAUGUGCAUAGCUAACAGGUUUGCUAUGCUAGAAGUUAAAAUUUUGCUGUUUCAUUUAUUAGCGCGAUAUGAGCUGAAACCUUCUACGAAAACCGCUUCCCCAAUAAAAUUUUGCAAAGAUGGAUUGCUAAUGCCAGAGAGUGGAUUUUGUGUGAUGUGUAUUCAUUAUCUUUUUAGAAACUUUAAUUUCUUUAAAAGACAUGGUAUUAUACAUAUACCGCCUGUUCCAAUAUUCGGAGCCAUGACAUCGGUUUUAUUUCACCGAAUAUCAUUCGUCGAUUUUCUCGUGAAGAUAUACAAUUUCAAUCCAAAUGCAAAGUAUAUUGGAUUCUACUUGGCGACAAAUCCAAUCGUCUUGCUUCGCGAUCCGGAACUCAUUAAAAAUAUUCUUGUUAAGAAUUUUGAGUCAUUUCCAAAUCGUAAUGGUUUAUCUAAUUUAAAUGACUCUGUAUUUGAAAAAAAUUUGUUUUCUCUUCAGGGAGAAAAGUGGCGGAACGUAAGAACGUUAUUGAGUCCCUCUUUUACGUCCAGCAAGAUGAAAAUGAUGUUCACGUUGAUGUCGGAAUGUGCUAUGGACUUUGCAAAAUUUCUAUCGACAUUUCCAGCAUAUGAAGAGAGUAUAAACAUGAAAGAUGCUUUCUCUAAGUAUACAAAUGACGUCAUUGCGACGUGUGCUUUCGGAAUCAAAAUCAAUUCUAUGAAGGAUCCAGCAAAUAAGUUUUAUGUUAACGGCAAGGAAGCGACUAACUUCAGAGGCAUUCGUGGCUUGAAGUUCUUUUUUCUCAGAAAUUUCCCAAGACUCGGGCGAUUUCUGAAUAUAAAGUUUGUGAAUAAAUACGUUACGAAUUUUUUCAAAGACAUUAUAAAGACUACAAUCGCUACUCGUGAUGCAGAACACAUCACUCGCCCGGAUAUGCUACAGUUAAUGAUGGAUAUUAGAGGCAAAGAAGGUCGUAGAGAACUAGACAUCGACUACAUGACUGCGCAGGCAUUCAUUUUUUUCCUUGGAGGCUUCGAAACCAGUUCAACUGCGAUGUCGUUUAUAGCUCACGAAAUCGCAGCUAACCCAGAAGUUCAAACCAAACUACAACAAGAGAUCGACAAGGUUUUGGAGGAAUCGCACGAAGAAGUGUCUUACGAAGCCAUUAAUCAGCUAAAAUAUUUGGAUGCAGUGAUAAACGAGGCUCUGAGAUUAUAUCCACCAAUCGGCAUUUUAGAAAGGAUAUGCGAAAAAACUUAUGAAUUACCAUCCGCAUUGCCGGACAAGAAACCUUUUAUCUUGAAAAAGGGUAUGUUUGUUUGGAUUCCGAUUUUUGCAAUCCAACGUGAUGAAAAAUAUUACGAUAAUCCGGAGAAGUUUGAUCCAGAAAGAUUUUUAGAUAAUAAGAUGCAUAAUUCUUCAUGGUACAUGCCAUUCGGAUGUGGGCCGAGAAUGUGCAUAGCUAAUAGGUUUGCCAUGCUGGAAAUCAAAGUCUUGCUGUUUCACAUAUUAGCGCAAUGUGAUCUGAAACCUUGCACAAAAACUACGUCGCCAAUAAAAUUUUGCAAAGAUUUCAUGAUAAUGCCGGAAAAUGGAUUUUGGUUAAAUAUUCGACGUAGAAAAGAUAAGCAUUCUACGCUGAAGGCUACUGUAGUGGAUAGUUAAGCC